AGAUCAAAAUCGGAAGUUUGCCAAUAUCGGAAUAGUUCGUUCUUAUUGUGCCUGCGCUACUUCAUAUUUCAUUUUGCUUUCGUUAUUCCUAAAUUAAUACGAACUUUUUUUAUUAACUAUAAACUGUAUUUAAUUAAUCGUGAGUGCAAUGUUCAGCUAGACGUUUGACAGUUCGUAAUUGUCGUCGUGAUUGUCAGUGUAUGCUUCCUAAAUGAGUUCCAAAUCCGACGUAAACAGGCGAGUGUUAGCCAUUCAAGCAAAAAAGAAGCGACAUAAGCCUGGUAAAAAGAAAGGCAAAACUGAAGAGAAGAACGGUCAAGCGGGCGUUAAUCGCAACAACACUCGAAUUGAGCCCUCCCACAGUUCUAGUAAUGAAACUAUUGAGGACGCGGGCGAAGCCUACUCAAGUGAGGAGGAGGAACAAGAAGACAGCGCGGACUACCGAAAGGGCGGCUAUCACCCCGUUAAGAUAGGCGAUUUAUUUCAAGGUAGAUAUCAUGUUACUAGAAAAUUGGGAUGGGGUCACUUCUCCACUGUAUGGCUGUGUUGGGAUCUGGAAGACAAGCGAUUUGUCGCCCUCAAAGUCGUCAAAUCGGCACAACACUUCACGGAGACCGCAUUAGACGAAAUUAAAAUAUUAAAAUCAGUAAGAGAUUCGGAUCCGGAAGAUCCCAAACGUAACAAAACCGUACAAUUACUAAAUGACUUUAAAAUCUCUAGCAUUAACGGCGUACACGUCUGUAUGGUUUUCGAGGUGUUGGGCCACAACCUACUCAAACUUAUUAUUAAAUCGAAUUACCGAGGGAUUCCGCUUCAGAAUGUGCGUACAAUCAUGCAACAGGUUCUGGAGGGAUUGGAUUACUUGCACUCGAAAUGCCGCAUCAUUCAUACCGAUAUUAAGCCGGAGAACGUUCUCGUAUGCGUAACCGAAGACCACAUUCGGAAGUUGGCAUCGGAGGCCGCCGAAAUGCAUCAGCUUGGACUGAAAUUGCCGACUUCGCUUGUUAGCACCGCACCUCCGCCCGAUAAUCAGUCGCUCGCCAAAAUGAGCAAGAAUAAGAAAAAGAAGUUAAAGAAGAAGGCGAAGAAGCAAAAUGAACUGCUAAAAAGGCAGAUGGAGCAGAUCGUCGAAAUUGAAGAGCAGAAGCGUUUGAAGGAGAACGGGGACGUAAAUGGCGAUCAGAGCACGGAAACGAGUAAGGAGGCGAACGGUAACAGUCCGAGUCCGGACAGUAUCGAGGAGAAGUUACAGAAUGGAUGUAUUAGUGAUCUUGCCGGUGGCGAACUUGUAGACGAUCGCAAGUGCGAGGUCGAAUCUCCUGCGCCUUUGGAAGGAGGAGGUGAAGCAAUCACCCCCAUGUCCGAAGACGACUCCAACUCCCUAACCAACAAAACUAAAGGAGAAACGGAGAAGGAUCCGGCGUUCGUCGAAUGCAAUUUCGAGGUGAAAAUUGCCGACUUAGGUAAUGCGUGUUGGGUAGAUAAACACUUUACGGAAGAUAUUCAAACACGUCAGUAUCGUUCCUUAGAGGUGUUGUUAGGUGCCGGUUACGGUUCUUCGGCCGACAUUUGGAGCACCGCCUGUAUGGCGUUCGAAUUAGCUACCGGCGAUUACUUGUUCGAACCUCAUUCGGGAGACGAGUAUAGCAGAGAUGAGGAUCAUUUAGCGCAUAUAAUCGAAUUGUUAGGGGAGAUUCCGAAAAGGAUCAUUACGUUGGGUAAGAAUUCUAAACAGUUUUUCAAUAAGAAGAACGAAUUACGUCACAUAACGGGUCUCAAACCUUGGGGCUUGGAGGCCGUCCUCAUGGAGAAGUACGAGUGGCCGCAGAAGGAGGCGGAGGAGUUUGCCGAUUUUCUGAAGCCAAUGUUGAACUUCGAUCCGGAACGACGAGCCACCGCCGCCGAAUGCUUAAAACAUCCGUGGCUGAGCCGAAAAUGAGGCGACGGUUUUAUUUCUCUCCUCGCGACGUCCUAUUUAUUUUUAAAUUAUUGCUGUCAUUUCGUAAAUCUGUUUCCGUUAGUUACUACGAUCGCCGCAACCUCUCAUUAAACAAGGCCUUUGUUAUAAUCCGUGUAUAUAGAGUAACAUAGAAAAAUUGUGAUGUGUUUGUAUAGACAAUAUUAUAGUUCUAACACGCUCCUUGGCCCGCCCCGUUGCGUUGUUUUUAUCAGGUUUUAUUAUUAUACUCAUUGUAGUACUUUCGCCAAGGAGCGAUUGUAGGUGAAUGUCUACUCAUGUCAAAUAGGCAAGUAGAAGCUAUCAGUUCCAACCAAAUAGUUUAAAGCACCAAUAUUUGUAUAUCUUUCAUUGGAACGUAACACAUUAUACAACAAUGAUGAAUCACUAAAUGCUAAGUACAUUGAAAUAUACAUUUUAAUGAGUUUUUAUUCAUCCACACAAACACACCUUUUGCGUCCUUAUUGUAUUUAUUUAUUUUUUUUAAUAUCCAUAUUUUUUUAUAAACCAAAAUUUUGAGCCUAAAUAAAAAUUUAUCAAA